AUGGCUAUCACGCGAUACAACCAACACCCAGAUAUUUUUCUCACCAUGACUGCAAAUCCCAAUUGGCCAGAAAUUACUUCAGCAUUAUUACCACACCAAAAGCCUAUUGAUCGUCCGGAUUUGAUUGCCCGUGUUUUUGAGCUAAAAAGAAAGUGUUUGAUGAAGGAGAUAGAGACAAACAAAGUGUUCGGUAAUAAAGUUGCGCAUGUUUUUACAAUUGAAUUCCAAAAACGAGGCCUACCACAUAUGCAUGCGCUUCUCUUUCUUGAAGGUCCAGACAAAAUUCGAACAUGUGCUCAAGUAGACAAAUUAGUUUGUGCAGAAUUUCUAGAUCCAAAAGAUGAUCCUACACUUUUUGAAACUGUCAAGUGUUGCAUGGUACAUGGACCAUGUGGUGCUCGAAAUCCCCAAGCACCAUGUAUGGAAAAUGGUAGAUGUACUAAGAAAUACCCUCGAGCCUUUGCAAAAUCAACAACUAUGGACCAAGAUGGAUAUCCAAUCUAUCGUCGUCGCAAUAGUGGUCAAGUAUAUACUGUGAGAGGACAGGAAGUUGAUAACAGGGAUGUGGUACCAUACAAUGCAUAUUUUUCUAAACGGUUCAACUGUCAUAUAAAUGUAGAAGUUUGUUCUGGAGUGAGAUGUGUUAAGUAUAUACAUAAGUAUAUUUACAAGGGUUAUGAUCGCACAACAAUGGUUUUGGGAUUGAUUAAUGAGAUCCAACAAUAUCUUGAUGCGAGGUAUAUUGGACCACCAAAAGCUGCUUGGUGA